GGCGUUGCCUCUCCGCUGCACGGGGGACCUCUCGCUCCUGCUGACCUGCCCUAGCCAUCCCCUCCUCGCCAUGGGAGGAUCCGUCGGGUGCUCGCCCUCUGCGCCCCCACACUGGCGCCGCCGUCGUGCUGCGUGAGCGCCCCCUCCUCUCCCCCGGCAGUUAUUGCACGGAAUGGCCUCUCUGGACCUUCCAUACCGCUGUCCUCGCUGCGGGGAGCACAAGCGCUUCCGAAGCCUGUCGUCACUGCGCGCUCACCUGGAGUACAACCACACGUACGAGACCCUCUACGUCCUGUCCAAGUCCAACAGUGUGUGCGACGCCGCCGCUCUGCUGCCUCUAGUGGCCGAGGGGGCUCUCCUCACGCCGGCCAACAAUAACGACCCCUUUGAGCCUCUCCGGCCCUCAGCUCUGAAGGAGCGCCGCUUCCCCUGCCGCGAGCUUCCUUGUGCCGAUGACCUGAGUCUGACCCCGGCCAACUCCAACACCGCGGCUCGGUACAUCCCGAAUGUGGAGUUUCCCCUGGGGGAGAUCUUCAUGAAGAAAGCCAUGACGUCCGCAGACCCGGGUCCUCACGGAAACCCCGGCACGGCCGUAGCCGUGGCGGCGAACGUGGCCGCCAGUGCAGUGGAGGCAGCCUACGAGGAAGGCCUGGCCAGACUGAAGGCGCGGGCGUUCGAGAGGUUGGAGCUGGACGAGCGGCUGGAGAAACUGUCUGAGGAGGUGGAACAGAAAAUCGCGGCCCGCGUCGGCCGUCUUCAGGCUGAGUUGGAGAGGAAGAGCUCUGAGCUGGAGCGGGCCAAGCAGGAGAGCGAGCGGCUGAGCCAGGAGAAGCAAGACCUGGAGGACAAGGCCACGGAGCUGUCUCGGCAGGUGGACGUCUCUGUGGAAAUGCUAGCAAACCUCAAGCAGGAUCUGGUGAACAAGGAGGCCGAGCUGAACCACAAGCAGCAGGAGGUCGCCCAGAUCGACCAGUUCCUCCAGGAGACGGCGGCUCGCGAAGCCAACGCCAAGGUGCGCUUGCAGCAGUUCAUCGAGGAGCUCCUGGACCGGGCGGACCGCGCCGAGAAGCAGCUGCAGAUCAUCAGCAGCUGCGGCACCACUCCGAACGGCAGCCUGGGGCGCUGCAGCCUGCAGGCCUCCAAGGGCAACGGGCGCCAGAGGAACUCCAGCCUCUCUGGGAGCACAAGGGGAAUGUACCAGGUGUCAGAGCGGCGGUCGUCGCCCAGCACAGGAGCAUCUGGGAGGGUGAAGUCCAUGUCGCAGGGUUCUGGAGGUUACGACAGCGACAGCGUGGAGAUGCAUCCCAUGGAGGAGUGUCCCGAGGCCCAGUACUACCACAUGCAGUGCCGGCUGGGCGACGCGGGCUACGAGCGCUCCCCCGGCUGCGCGUCGAGGAACUGGGGUCUCCGUAAACAGGCCAUCCAGAACUGGCAGCGGCGACCUUACAGGAACAGCACCGAAGGCGAGGAGGGGGACGUGUCUGACGUCGGAUCCCGAACCACCGAAUCCGAAGUGGAGAUGUGGGAACAAGAGAGGAGAGCCGUGGCCGAAGUCCAGCAGUCCGCCGCACCCUAUCCUCACCACAGCAGGGCGGCGUACCGCCCCAACACAAGUCGGUCUGAAGGGCUCUACAGUAAACCCUGUCGCCACGAAAAGAGCCCGUCCAAAUCAAAUGAGGUGAUCAGUCCGGAGAUCCUCAAGAUCCGUGCGGCCCUCUUCUGCAUCUUCACCUACCUGGAUACUAAAACGUUGCUGAGAGCUGCUGAGGUCUGCCGCAACUGGAAGUUUGUGGCUCGCCACCCCGCAGUGUGGACCAGAGUGCUGCUAGAAAACGCUCGCAUUUCUUCCAAGUUUCUGAGCACAUUGUCUCAGUGGUGCACACAGACGCACUCGCUAAUCCUGCAAAACCUCAAACCCAGACAGAGAGGCAAGAAGGAAACCAAGGAGGACUACCUUAAAAGCACACGUGGCUGUCUGGAGGAGGGUCUGGAGGCGUUGUUAAAGGCCACGGGAAGUAACCUGCUGAUUCUGAAGAUUUCACACUGCCCCAACCUGCUGACUGAUCGCUCCCUCUGGCUGGCCAGCUGCUACUGCCGAGCCCUCCAGGCCGUCACCUACAGGAGUGCCACAGACCCAGUGGGCCAGGAGGUGAUCUGGGCUCUCGGAGCUGGAUGCAGAGACAUCAUUUCCCUGCAGGUGGCUCCACUACACCCAUGCCAACAACCUGCUCGCUUCAGUAACCGAUGUCUGCAGACGAUCGGGAGAUGCUGGCCACACCUCCGCGCUCUGGGUGUGGGUGGGGCCGGCUGUGGGAUUCAGGGUCUGGCCUCUCUGGCGAGGAACUGCAUGCGCCUGCAGGUUUUGGAGUUAGACCACGUGAGUGAAAUCAACCAGGAGGUGGCAGCAGAGGUCUGCAGAGAGGGACUGAAAGGCCUUGAGAUGCUGGUGCUCACCUCCACCCCGGUCACCCCGAAAGCCCUGCUUCACUUCAACAGUGUUUGUCGUAACCUCAAGUCCAUCGUGGUCCAGAUUGGAAUCGAAGACUACUUUGAGGACCCCAACAGCCCGGAAGCCAGAAAGUUGUUUGAUGAGAUGGUGAACAAGCUGCAGGCUCUGAAGAAGCGACCUGGCUUCUCCAAAAUCCUCCAUGUGAAAGCAGACAGCCUCUGCUAACGGCUCUCGUGCAGGUUCAAGAGCGGUGAGAGAGAAAGGCGUCGUC